UGACUAAAGGGUUAUAUGCAUGUAUUAAUCGAUUGGCGACAUCAAAAGCAGAGGAAGAUAGGGUGCUUCAACAGUUGAAUGUGUACACAAACGCCGCAGGCGACUUCUUUGGUACCGAGGCUGCAACGGCAAAGGAAGAUUGUACAUCCCGCUACUUGGUGGUCUAUGUUUGGGAAAGACACUAGGCUUUUGCAAAAGUUUGCAAUCAAAAUCUUAAGUUUGACAUGUAGCGCUUCCGGUUGUGAGCGCAAUUGGAGUGUCUUUGAGCAGAUUCAUACAAAAAGAGAAAUAGGCUCGAGCAUAAGAGGAUGCAAGAUUUGGUUUAUGUGAAAUAUAACCAAAAAUUGCAUGAUAGGAACAAGCUUAGUGCAACCGAUGAAUUUGAUCCUAUUAUUCUCGAUGAUAUUGAUGAGUGCAAUGAGUGGCUAGUUGGGGAGUUGGAUGAUGACGACGAUGAUAUUGAUGGUGGUAAUCAUUUGGUUCAUGAUGACGAUGAUACACUUGAUUGGAACAUGGUGUAUAAGGCUUCGGGUGUUGGAGAGCCUAGGACAUAUACUAGGUCAAAGAAGAGGAAAGAAUCUUCUACAUCUAGUUCAAGUUGUCUUAGAGUUUCUAAGAAAAAAGAACCUAUCAUACCUAGAAAAGGGAAAAGGAAAAGGCUUGCUCUUGUAGAUGAAGAAUUGGAAAGGGAAGAAUUUGAGGAUAGUGUAAGUGGAGAUCAAGAGGAUGAAGAUGAAAUGGAUGCCGAUGAUAGUGAUGAUGAUGAGCUAGAAGACUAUGUUGAGUUUGAUGAUUGAUGUCUAUUGAGCUUAUCAUGGUUUUAUGUUUUGUUGAACACUUGAACUAAAGACUUUAAUUGCUAGACUUUUAUAUAAUUGUUUUCUAUUUUAUGCUUUA